AUGCCGUUGAAGGCUCCAGUCUUGGGAGGAAUUGCCUUAGGUAUAUUUUGUGGACGCACUCUCGGAGAAGUAGCACCGGAAGCGCCAUCGCGACACGUUCAAACCUCAUUCUCUUCUACCGAAGAAUGGAAUUUUAACCAAACCCCCUCUCCUAACAUCACCAGCCACUGGAUAUUCGACAACGUUAAUUCUCUGCUCCAGCACUGGCCUAACACACGGCUGCGCAAUGGGCACACCAUCGUCCCUGGGCUCAUUGCGCCUGGCACUUUGCUCUACCACGCGACGACCACGCACGCGAUCCCCACCGUCCCCGAGUGGGUCGCGACCGACCCCGACCACUCGUAUGUCUACUGCCAUAGCCCUCCAGUCACCGGCGGCGACACUGGCGGCGAAGAUGGUGCUAUGAACAAGGACACCGAGGACAGAGAUAAGGGCUGCUGGCACCUCACCCUCACCCCAACGCGCCCGUUAAAGGUGCUCUACUUCGACGGGAGCAGCGCGGCGAAGAUGUGGGGCGGCCCGAUGGACAGCCAGGACCUGCUGGUUUGGGGCAGGGUCAGGAAGGAGCGGACGUUUGACGAACGGGGACGGAUCGAGGGUCUGUGUAAGUGGGGGAGGGGGAUGGGGGUCGAUGGGUUUGUUAGGAUGCAAGGGGAUUUUGAAGUGAUGUUCUGCGACUUCUCCGCCGGACUGUCCGUCGUCUCCUUCCUCAAGCUCCCCUCCGUUGACGGCGGGUUCUUCCCCUACCCAACACCCUCCGCCGCCGCCUUCCGCCUGCUCGAGGCCGGCUCAUGGCAUAACCACUUCCCCGGAGAGAAUCGCGUGCGCCUUGAUUAUUCACGGUUGGUGUCAUUCUACGACACAGAGCUAUUCCCUAGCCUACAGACUAUCCGCGCCGGGCAUGAGAGGUGGGAUCACCGUCUCGAAGGCAUCAGCAAAGAGGAUGUGGACACGCUGCGCGUUGAGCUGGAGAGGGUGAUGGAAGGAGAGUGGGGGACAACGAAGAGCGACGUGGAUUGGCAGGCUGUGUUCAGCGUCGUCUCAACGCGGCAUGCGGAACGGCUGGAGAUCCUGCGCUACCUCCUCCGGUCUCUCUCUACAGCACCUCAGGACGAGACACUCGCGGGUUUAAAGCAAGUUCACCGCCAGCUGACCGCGACUUUGCGACCAUACCUGCUUCAUUCUGUGCGACCUCCACCUAGAGCGCAAGCAAGUGAUCUGGAGUGGGCGGUCCCUGCAUGGGUGCACUGCUCGACAACGCAUACGCGUGCGGUGGAGAUGAACCCACAGCUGACGCGGUCGGAGAGGCUGCUCUCACGUGCGGUUCGGGAUACGUCGAAAGAGAUUUGUAGGGUUCUGGUUGGGAUGUGGGCUGAGGGAAAAAUACACGUGCUCGACAUUGAAGAAAACCCCGUCUCGAAUUUGAGGGGCACUUCCUUGAAGAAGUUGGUAGAGAAUUGGAAGACAAAAAUAGAAGGCCUUAUUGCCUGGUUGGACUGGAGCGUCUGGGCGAGGUGCGAGCCUGCGUGCAGUUAUGAGGAAAUGUGCUACAUGCCUCAAUGGCCUUUCUUCAAGCACAUGCCGCCAGGUCCAACUCCAGAUAACCCGAAUAAAACCGAAGGUGUUGUACGUGACCGAAGCAGCCCAGACGACGACUGGGAUCGCCCUGUCCCAAGGUGUAUUAGAAGGAUAGAGCCAUUUGGCGUGUAA